AUGCGUUCUCAUUCAUACUUGGUCAGCGCGGUCCUACUCGCCAGCUCUGUUACAGCGAACGUCCUUCUUUCCAACGACGUUCCGUUAAUUGGGCCCUCUUUUCUUCCCAACGUCGACUUUUCCAAAUCGGAAUUCAUUAGCCACGCAAAGAAGAAAUUCCCUUUAGUGAUCGAUGAACUUUUCGAUACCAAGGUCUUGAACAAGACAGAUCUUAUCUUCGCUGUCGAUGUCUUCUCAGCUUCAGCAAACGAUUCCCUCUAUAGCUACUUCCAUGUCGGCGAGACAAACAAGAAGACUCUCACAAAGGGAAAGCUAUCUGAAAAUACCAUCUUCAGGGCUGGAAGUGUUACCAAGAUGUUCACUGUCUACGCUAUUAUCGCCAAGGCUGGCAUUGAAGCAUUGAGCUAUCCUGUUUCUAUUUUCCUGCCUGAGCUUCUGCACAACUCUUCUACCAACCCUCUUGAGAGAAUUGAUUGGAGCGAAAUUACAGUUGGUGCUCUAGCCGCCCAACAAGCUGGCACCAGCGGUCCCGUCGAUUACCUGAAUUAUGCACAUAAGAUGAACUUCACUGGAGGUGAACGUGAGCCAUUUCUAAAAUGGAUGCGCGAUACCCAGGUCCCAACCAUGGGCCCAUGGCGAAGCCCUCUGUACUCCGAUGCCGGAUACGGUGUUCUUACCCUAAUCCUCGAGCGUCUCACUGGCCAAGAGUACAAGGAUGCCGUGAAGGACAUUCUUUUCAAGCCUCUUGGAAUGGACUAUUCUUCUACAACUGUUCCAACUGGCAAGAAUAUCGAUGCUGUGGCCCGGACUGGUAAACUAGCGCUCUCAUGGGGAGUAGAUGUUCCCAUCUUUGCUGGUUCUGGUGGAAUCUACACAUCUGCCAAGGAUCUUCGAAUCGCUGGUCUUUCUAUCCUUAACUCUGAACUGCUUUCACCCCGAGUUACUCGAGAAUGGAUGAAGCCUCACGGCAGCACCGGUACACUCGUCGAACUCGUCGGUGCACCCUGGGAAAUCACUCGUCUGACUCUUCCUACUGGCUCCGGCUCCAACCGCACUCGUGUCUCUGACCUAUACAUCAAGGCUGGUGGCAAUGGUGAUUACACCUGUAUCGUCGGGCUCUCACCAGACCACGGCAUUGGCUUUUCUUUGCUCGUUGCCGGUGACCUUCCCAAUGCCACUCCCGGCCGCUGGCCAAUCCGCGAUGCCGUCGCCACGACAUUCCUCCCGGCUGCCGAGUACGCCGCUGCCGAGAAUGCCGAGAAGAAUCUUGCUGGUACUUUUGUCGUCGAAGGCAAUGAGACAACCAACAUUACACUCGCUGUUAACAAGAACGAGCCCGGCCUGAACAUUACAUCUUUCUGGGUCGAGGGUAAAAAUGCACUUGCCGGCAUCGGUUCUUCUCGCCUGUACCCAAUGGGUCUCUACUCCACCUCGCGCUCUCUGGCUGCCCAGUACAACACCAAGGGCAAGUAUUCGGUCGCUUUCCGUCAGGUUUCUACAAGCGCAGCCCUGCCAUCUGAUCGUGCUGGCGUGGAGGGUGGAAAGGGAGGUCUUUUCGACCACAGCUUUGCCUGGAUGAAUGUUGGAAGCGACGGUGUGACUGAUGAGUUUGUGUUCCAUAUUGAAGAUACAAAACUGGCUAGUAUCACGGGUCUCGGGCAACUGGAACUGGUUAGAAGUGAUUAG